UAUCCGAAACCACUCUUAACCCCUAACCACCUAUUACCUGGCCUAAACCUUAGUGAUAAGGGAGUAGGUCGAAAAAAAAAAAAAAAAAAACCAUGUAUGACUUCGCAGUAUACAAAGGUAAGUUACUCAGAAUGUGGUAUGUGUGCGCCGGUCGUUUAUAUAGAAAAGUGGAGGAGGGAGGGGAGGGUUGUCGUUAGAGAUUCAUGCUGUGCCGCAGCGUCAGGCUGAGCGUGUUUUUCUCACUCUCCCAUCCUUCCAUUUCUCUCAAACUAGUCCAUUACACUAUCGUUUCCAAGAGCCACAAUCCAACCCGCGCUUGUCCCACCAUGUCCGAUCCACUGUCAGUGGCAAGCAGCGCCGUUGGUAUCGUAUCGCUAGGGCUCCAGGUCUGCCAGGGCCUGACCUCCUACUACCAGGCAUGGAGAGAAUACGACGUGGGCCUGAACCAGGCAGCGACGAGCGCCAAGGAACUCACUGAUUCACUCGCUUUACUCCAAACCACGCUACAGAAGCUGUGUUCCGCACCGGAUGUCAUGUCGCAUGCCGAGAAGAGUAUUGCGUCCUGCGAAAAUGGUAUUCGAAACCUCGAAAUGCGGCUGCACGAGUGCCGUCGCACGCCGAUUCCCACUAGCAGCGCAGAAAAGUUUCAGCAGCUCGCACAAAGAUCGUUGUAUCCUUUUAGGAAGAAGACUGUCGAUGGGUUGAAAGCGGUUGUAGCGGAAUUACAAGGCAAUGUGACUGCUGCUGUUCAAGUUGUGCAGCUGGACGUACUUGGUGAGAUAAAAGAAGGCACUUCGGAUUCCAAAACAUCUUCUGCAGCUGCUGCGGCUGAUAUCAGCCUUGCCCGCGCAACACUUGAAGCAUUUCGAGCAGAAAGCACUCCUCGUCUACAGUCGCUCCCAAAUAUUGAACAAGGUGUCCAGACAAUUGGAAGUGGGGUUACAAGCAUGAGUGCCUCCCUCGAUAGUGUUGCAAUGAACACUGUCGAAAGCAAGGCUGAACUCACGCGCAUAUUGCCGAUCAUCGAGGCUAGUUCUGCUCGCAUUCCAGCGGCUGAGCAGACGCUGGUUGCCAGGUUUGACAAACAAGGACAGCAGAAUGCUGAGACGCAGCGCCAGCUUUUGAGGCAAAACGCUGAGACACAGCGUCUACUUAUGAGGUUCAUAGCAAAGCCCAGUUUGCUCGAAGAGACAUGUAAUGAUGCUGCCUCUCGUGGUUUACUGACAAAAACAGAUGUUUUCUCUGAUCCUGGUCUACUGAAUCAGGCAGCGUAUCGUAUGCGUCCUCUCCGACGCUGUUCGUGUCGUAGGAAAAUACCUAUCAAGCCUAAUAUCCCUAGAGACCACUUCGUCUAUCCUUUUUACGAAGAAUCUUCGCAACAUGAAAAAUGCUGUCCUCUUUGGGCUUCUAGUGAGAGGUCAAAAAGACUUGGACUAAGGAUUUCACAUUACAGAAACAUUUUGGCACGUGCUGUGGAGAUAUCAAUCUCCAUUACACACGGAGCGGGAGGCCUUUCUAUCAGUCCUCUUCUGAGACUUGGUCGUUUCAGGCGACCUGACUCCCCAGCCUUUGAACCUUUUUAUUAUUAUCUCGGUGGUCCUAGUACUGGUUCUGAGCAGAAGAGGCUUAUCUGGAACUUUAGGAGGAAAGAAUGCCGGCCGGCAUCCUUCGGGACAGUCUGGACUGCAAAACUACUGGAAAUUCAACGACUCUUUGAGUCUGGGAAAGCGUCCCCGACAGAUGUCAACAAUGAGGGUUUUAAUGUACUCCACGUGGCGUGCAUUGCGUUCGCGUCCAUGUUUGGAUCCGGAGCCUACGAUUGUCACUACGAUUUUGAAGAGAUAAUGACAGCCGGCCGUAUCUUGCUUCGGUUGAUGGAACUUGGGGUACCGGCCAGUGAAGUUUGCGAUGACAAUAUGACACCGUUGUUUUAUCUCCUACAUGAGCCUAUCAGUGGACUCAAUUGUUACUCAAGCCCCUUCCCCGAAAACACUGUUACUUUAUUGACAGGUGUUGAGACUUUUUUUGAAGAGGCUGAAAUCAUGUUUGGUGAUCACCGGGGCCCUUUUAAUCCCGAAUGGCUGCUUUUACCUCUGAAUUUUAGAUCACGAAUUGCAGAAUCUUUCGACUGCGGCAAGCUUAGUAUGGCGGUCAUUGUACGAUCGGAAGAAGCUGUCCGGGCAUGUCUUCAUGCAAAUCCCCGUUCGGUGAAUGAACGGUCAUCUCGAGGACAUACACCGCUUCACAUGGCCAUCCCCUGGCCACGUGGCGUUGCCCUACUCGUGGAAGCUGGAGCGGACGUUCAUGCACUUGAUUACUCAAACUACUCAGUGCUCCAUUACUCUUUUCGAUUAGGCUGUGUGGAAAGCGCCGCUCUUAUAUUCAGCGCUGGUUGUGAAAUGCCACUCGGCCUGAGAAGUAUACCCAUGGACUUACGAAAAUGGUCCCCGGUGAUCGCCAAAGCCCUCGUGGGCCGCCGCAACUACCUUUCACAUCUCGCAAUCAACCAUCUUCCACAAGAGUUCAUCAAGGAAUUCAGCUUGGACGAAAGUCGGCUCCCUGACGCCCAUGCUGGGCGUGUUAUCGAAACCCUGGAGGCGUAUGGAGUCAAUAUUCCAUCGUCCAUAAGAUCGAGCAUGAUUUUUCACACUCCAAUUUAUGCCUACAACGACUGGUUUACUGCCGAGGCUGCGGAACUUCUCUUCAAGGGUGGUUUCGUUGAUAUAAACUUUCCGGACAUUCAUGGAUUGACGCCCCUUAUGAAGAUAGACUGGGAUCCUCCGGAUUUUUUGGGGUACCUUUGCUGGCUUGUUGAAAAGGGUGCAAACAUGUACUACACACCAAGCGAUGCAAGUCCACCAGCGGCACAUUACGUUGCUAUAGGCGUGAUGGAUUAUGCCUUACGCUUUACCCGGGAAGAUUACCUUGCCGUGGAAGGGCGCUUAAAUGUGCCCCUGGGCCAUCUUGCUACAGAUAGUGGGAGUCGACUUGUGCUCAAUGUACUAGCGGAAGAUUUUACGGACAAAUGUGUCUGUGCAUGCUCUUCCCAGGGCUGUACCACCAUUACUACGAUGUUUAAGCCUCUCAAGCCUCUCGUCAACAUUCAUCGUAGGCUAAUCGAUUGUCUGUCUCCUAUCCUUGGCCCAAACCACCCGUAUUGGACACGGCUCUCACCGGCUAUUAUCCGUCUUAGCACUUUUCAAAGAAUGGAGCUUACGCAUACAUGCUGUCGUGGGGGUCGUUAUGCAUAUCACGACUGGCAUUGUUGCUGCAAAUUUAAGCUUCCCGAUGCCGCUGAGGUAGCAGAAAUCCGCGAAGAGGAAAGUGAGCUUUUAACACAACUGGAAGAGCUUGUCGUUGAGUUCGUGGACAAAUACAACGAACUUGGUGUGCCGAUAGUCGAUUUCCUGGAGGGAUAUUGGACCGACCGCAUGGAAGAGGUCUUGCACCCAAUUGACCCACCAGACCCGGAGGUGGUCCAACGGGUCAAAGAAAUUGGAGUGAUAUUAGAUCCUUGAGGAUUUUUGCCAUAUUUUCGACAUUUUCUCUUUUAUACAACUUUUCUCUUAUAAUUGGCGUAAAGCAAACGGUAUUGGGAUUGCUAUUGUUCAAUGCAGCUCUUUUCAUCUAAUGGCUAAAAGUGUUCGAUAAUAGCAUAACUGGCAGCACGCUCAUACAGCGAAUUUCACA